GAUUACUCCCUUUUGGGCUUUCCAUCUUUAUCCUCUCUCUCUCUCUCUCGAUAUCUCCAUCUCUCUCUCUCUCUCUCUCUCUCUCUCUCUCUCUUAGGGUUAGGGUUCCAUAACAAACCAUGUCGACCUCAAAGACCAUCGUGCUCAAGAGCUCCGACGGGGAAACCUUCGAGGUGGAAGAGGCUGUGGCCGUGGAGUCGCAGACCAUCAAGCACAUGAUCGAGGACAACUGCGCGGACACCAGCAUCCCCCUCCCCAACGUCACCAGCAAGAUCCUGGCCAAGGUCAUCGAGUACUGCAAGAGGCACGUCGAAUCCGCCGCAUCAGCCACCAAAUCCGAGGACAAGGCCGUUGACGACGAACUCAAGACGUUUGACUCCGAUUUCGUCAACGUCGAUCAGGCCGUCCUCUUCGAUCUCAUUCUGGCUGCAAAUUAUCUGAACAUCAAGAGCCUGCUGGAUUUGACGUGUCAGACAGUGGCAGACAUGAUCAAGGGGAAAACACCAGAGGAGAUCCGCAAGACGUUCAACAUUAAGAAUGACUUCACGCCAGAGGAAGAAGAGGAGGUUAGGAGGGAGAAUGCUUGGGCCUUUGAGUGAAACAAGAAACGGAUAUGCAGUUAUGUCGAUACUAUGAUAGGAUAUCUAUGUAAUGACUCUGUUUCUUUGUUCAUUUCCCUUGGGUUAAUGGUUUUGUGGUAUUUGAUUGCUCUGGGGAAUCGAAGAAACUUUGUGUUCCCUGCAUGGGAUUUAGCAGAUUUGGACCUUCUAUAUUAUGGUAUGUAUGUUGUCUUUGUGAUUGAGCCUUCAACUGUGGCAUGUUGGUUUUUAUAUUAGCAAGUUGCUUUCUUCUUUAA